AUGAAUCAAAAGAAAGAUUCCCAGGAGACAACCUGGAUUACUCGAACUCACGAGUUCUUGCCACCUAUCGGCAGUGAUGAUCGUGAAAAAGUUAUUGGAUUCUGGUCAGAUUUUUACAAGAGUGUCUUUGAACUAAGUGAGAGUACUUCAAGCUACCAAGAUUGUUUUCCUACAAAGAAUGAUUCGAUCUACAAACAGAUUGUAUUCAAACGUCUGGAACAAUGUAGGGGAUCACAUCUUAGCGAUGAGCAGUUGCGAAAACUUCAAUUAUUCAUUGAGGACUCCACUUUGGAAUUUGAUGAGAAAUCGAUGUAUAAAACAGUCCCUAACGCAGUCAAAAUGAUGAUUCUGCGAGGUGAGGAAUCUGUUGUUGAUGAUUCAUCUGGAAAGAGAAAGAAAGCGGGUUUUCAAUCAGUCAAGAAAGGAUAUGAUUCAUCUGCAAUGACUUAUCUUUUGAAAAGUUCUAAGCUCACUGCUGAAGAGAAAGACUCACUCAAUGUUUUUGGUCAACAUACGUUGGAAGUUUUACUAAUCCAUGUGUUAAGUGUGUUGUUUAAUUCAGUGGAAUCUGAUUCAGUCAUUCGUCUAUCAACUCUAAUAGAUCGUCUAGAUACUACUGUGCGUUCUCAGAUCCAACUAUUAAAGAAUCGCAAAUCUAGGUAUGAACAAUCCAUAUCGACUGCUAAAGCCGGCGUUGAUAUCGCUCCGAAACCUAAUGGGUCCCCGAAAAACACCUUUCAUUUUGGUAAUGAAUUAGCUUCAUUCUUGGAAAGAAAGGAUUUGAUCGAAAUUUCGAUUAUUGGGAAUAUUGAAGAUGAACCAAACCGUAAGAAAAAUGGUUCUUUUUAUUUAGCUAAACAUCAGUACGUACACUGCAAAAUUCCCGCAUCCGAUUUACCUAUAAGGUUUAGUUUGCCCAUGGUCUGCAAACCAGAAGAUUGGCAAAGUAUUCUCCAGGAUAAUCAAAAGCCUAAGUAUCUAUCCGAUCUAAGGGGUGGUUAUUUAAGUAGUUUAACUGCGGAUGUAGAUGAGCGUUACCGCUUGUUAAGCUCAAAGAACCUAGAUAAUUUUUAUUUAGAAUUCCAUGAUGAUAAUUCCACUGAAUUAUGUGAUAUCAUGAAUAAACUGCAAAGUCAACCAUUUAAGGUUAAUAGCUCUUUCUUGUCAUAUAUUCGUCAAAAUGAGUCUCUAUUGGUUGAGCAGGGUUUAAUACUACCAAGUUUUCUAUCUAAAUUACAAAUCAAAGAUAUUUAUGAGAAAUUUAAGAAGAAGUAUUAUUCAUAUCAUUUCUCCAAAAGUGUACGCCUUGCCACCUUAUUCAAAGAAUUGAUGAAACUCAUUCAGCGUGCCGGCUAUGAGCAAUACAUAUUGAAAUUAGCAAUAGCCUACGAGGGCUACCAUUUUUAUUUACCCGCUUUUCUGGAUUUCCGAGGUCGAAUUUAUCGCAGUGGUAUUUUACAUUUCCACGAACGUGAUCUAGCCAGAAGUCUGGUCAUCUUUGCAAAAGAAGACUCUCAAGUCUCCUCUUCUAUUCCAAUAUCCUUUUAUUGUGCAGCAUCCCACCUUUACAGAUCUUUCGAUAAUAACGAUGAUGCUGUGGAAUGGUUUGAGGAAGCUAAAGGUACUUUUGAAGAAGCUCCUAAUGAUUUAUUAAUCAAAUUUGCUUGUGAUGCGAAAAAACCAUUACAGUUCCUGUCAUGUGUUGUUGUAUUUAAAGAGUAUUCAACUACUCAAGAUCUACAAGCUAUAACAUCUUAUCCUAUAACCCAGGACGCCUCCGCGAGUGCUUAUCAGCUAAUGAGCUACUUUUUAUUAGAUAAAGAUCUGGCUAAGAAUACAAAUCUUAUACAACGACCGGGUGAUUCCAAUAUCCAAGAUAUUUAUUCAUACCUUCUCAAAGAAGUGCAAGUCUACAUAAAUGAUAAUGAUAAAUAUAAAAAUGAUUCACUCAUUCUUACUGUAAGUGAUAAUCUGACGCGUAAGAUAGUGAAAGGAAUCUUUAUGCCUAUGAUAUAUGGUAAAACAUUAAUGAGCACGGGUAUCUUUCUGCAAGAGAGUUUCUCUUUCGAUCUGGGUAAGCGCCAGAACGCUGUGGCUCAAGUCUUUUAUGACUUCUUUAAGGUGAAAUAUUCUAGACUGAAUUGCUUGAUGAAUAUGAUCCAAAAUAUUGGAUGGUUCUCAUCAGAAAGGGGUAACCCAGUUUGCUAUAAAGUCCCAUUAUUUACAACAAUACAGGAUUAUCGAAAAUCAUCAGAGACUCAUAUAUGGGUCUACUCAAAAAGCACUCAUUCGAGGAAAAAGGUAACUCUCUCAAUACCUUCGGAGGAACGAGAUAGUCGAAAAACGCUGUCAUCAACCUUCGUCAACUUCAUUCAUCAAAAGGAUGCCUGUCUCGCUAUGAAUGUAGUCAAGUUCUUACUCUCUGAUCCUUCUAUCCCUAUCCCUAUAUACACAGUUCACGACAACUUUAUAACAAUAGCAGACUGUUGCUUUAGCUUGCCGUUGUUGUAUAUCUCAGCCUAUAAGGAAUUGGGUCCACCUCUUUUAACGAUCAACGAGUUCAUCUAUAUGAAUUGUUCCAAACCAGGUUACCAUGAUCCAGAGAAAUUCAAAAGAGUUAUUCCUUCUCGUGAACUCGAAUCUCUCUUAAAUAAUUGUAUUCCAACUGAGUUUAGGAAUAAAAAGAAUCUUUGGAAUAAAAAGAAAACAAUUAUAGUGAAUUCAUAUAAUACCUAUGUUAAUGCUGUAUGCGGUCCUAUCGAUAGUGAUACAACAAAUGCACCUGUAGCAACCCUAUUAGCCACCAGAUAUGAGGCUCAUGAGCGAAAGUGGGAAUCUUUCAAAAAAGAGCUUUCCGAUCGAUAUUGUUUACAGUAUUAG